UUGGCAUCUCCCGUCAUCCUUCGCAUUCUCCGUGGGGUUUAAACCUGAAACUGGUGUCGCAGGUCUAUUCUGUUUCAUCCUCAAACAGAACUCCAGAUAUUUAAUUAAACAGUAAAAUUAGGGUGAGAAUCCUUUGGUCCAGAAUAUCCACCUGGUGUUCGUGAUGGCUCAAACAACGGUCGUUGCCUUCGAUAUUUACGGUACCAUACUAUCGCCCGGAUCCAUAGCCGGAGACAUGGAACAGUACUCCGGAGUAUGUCAGUUAUGACAAAGACCAUGCUCAGUCAAUUGCAACUUGUGGAGGCGCUACCCAGCUUGAGUAUACGUGACGAUUCAAUAGCAUAUGUGAGCUAUGCUAGUGUCUUCGUUCCAAGCCUCGGCUCAUUUUGUUGUUGCGAGGACGAUACAUAUCCUUUGAAGAAGUCAUACAACAAGGCGCUUAUCCAUUUUAAUAGGACCGUUGGUAGGGACGACAAUAUCAAAAAGCUGCUUCGAGUGCAUCACAACAUGGUCGCGUUUCCGGAUGUCAGCCGGCAAGGGCUCAGAAUGUGAUGCCCAUUAUCUUCAUCAAUGGUACUUCGAAUAUAGUAUCCAAGCCCAUCCUUCGGUCAGGCCCACUGUCGCACCAUAGAGAGACAUGAAGAGACCUUGUUAGCGUCGAUGACGUUCAGAAAAUUAAGCCCGCACCGGAGGUCUACAGCCCAGAGGAUGGGGAAGUGCGUGCCAGAAAUGAAAGACAUUUGGGUGAUCAGCUCCAAUCCUUUCGGCAUAAUAGGGGCUCUCCACGUGGGCAUAAAAGUCAUUUGGAUUGACCGGUCUGGGAAAAGAUGGGCGGACAGAGCGGCGCCAGGCCUGGAACCGACAGCGAUUGUCAAUAGCUUGGAGAAAAUUCUACAUAUCAUGAACGACUGUACGGGUUAACUCGGUGGUUGUGGUUAUUAGCCAAUUUACACCAGGCAACGCAAAAAUUAAGGGUGUACGCUGUAAAUAUUUCCAAACGCUCCACAAAUAGAAGAAGAAUUUGGGGUAAGGCAGCAAGUUACUCUAACCUCCCAUUUCCCCUCCAAGGGCCCAUGGUGUUGU